AUAAGAAUUAAAUAAUAGGGGCAGCCAUGGUGUCCUAUUUUGACGAACACGACUGCAAGCCGUCGGACCCUGAGCAGGAGACGCAAACCAACAUGCUGCUGGAGCUCGCAAGGUCACUUUUCAAUAGGAUGGACUUUGAAGACUUGGGGUUGGUAGUAGAUUGGGAUCACCACCUGCCUCCACCAGCUGCCAAGACUGUGGUUGAGAACCUCCCCAGGACAGUCAUCAGAGGCACUCAGGCUGAGCUCAAGUGCCCCAUGUGUCUUUUGGAAUUUGAGGAGGAGGAGACUGCCAUUGAGAUGCCUUGCCAUCACCUUUUCCAUUCCAGCUGCAUUCUGCCCUGGCUAAGCAAGACAAAUUCCUGUCCCUUGUGCCGCCAUGAGCUGCCCACUGAUGAUGACACUUACGAGGAGCACAGAAGAGAUAAAUCUCGAAAACAGCAGCAGCAACACCGACUGGAGAACCUCCAUGGAGCCAUGUACACGCGAGGAGGUUGGGGCUGAGUGCUGGCCCUCUGCGUCUUCCUUAUUAACCUUGAAUCCUCAUUAAAGGUUUCUUUACCCACAAAAAAAAAAAAAAAAGAAUUAAAUAAUAUAAAAGUUUAGCAGUAUCAGUAUGCUGCAGGAGGUAAAGCUUGAACAGUGGGUAGAUGAUGGAGCAAUUAGAGAUGGGAAAGCUUGUUCUAUUUGGGAUACCAAAUGGAGAAAUCAACUGGUCUGUCAAAUAACACAGGUGGAGAACUGGGUGGAGAAGUCUAGACUGGAAAUAACAUUUGAGAGUUGCUGAUGUCUAGUUCUUGAUGACUUGAGAAUGAAUGAUAUAGUCCACAGUAG